AUGGCGGAGCCGGCGCUGCUGAAGGAGUACGUGUCGCAGGUGGCGGCCCGCGCGGCGCAGGGACAGCUCGCGGCCUGCGCCGAUCCCGCGCUCAAGGCCCGGGCGCGGCGGCUGCUGGGUCCGGGGCGCCGCGGGGCCCUGGACGUGCGCGGCGUGGUCGAGCGCUGCCGACGGGUGCGGGGCGGCCGCGCCCUGCGCGACCUGCUCAGGGCUCUGGAGCUGCUGGAGCUGCUCUGUGUCCACCUCCUGCUGUGCCCCUGGCGCCGGGAGAUCCGCUCCCUCAAGACCUUCACUGGGAAUUUUGUCUACUAUAUCCAGCCAGUGCUCCCAGAGGACGUUGUGAAAGCUGUCCUGGAGAAAAUAGGUUAUGUGGCAACUACAGCUACAGAGUUUUCACUUGUCAAAAAGAGAAACAAUGAGGAAACGAAGCAGACUGCAUUUGAGAUAUUCCUGGCAAGAAUCGAGUGUGAAGCCAUCCUCGAGAUGACAAAUGAAGAAAAACAUGGCAAUUUGGAGAAGAGCCUGCAGCAUGGAGCACAAACAUAUCGGCAUCGAGGAGAGGAGGGUGAGGAAGAUCAGACACCCCAGAGAGGAGAUACUGAAAGUCUGGGAAAUGAAGGAAACAGUGAGACACCUUUGUGCCUUGUUCCCCAGCAGAAGUGCUCAGCUACCUGUGCUAUGUCCUUUGAAGCUGCUGGGAAUCUGAGGAUCAAAGGGCAUGUGGCUCAGUCAGCAGCUGCUGCACCCCCCGGCAGCCUUCAGGAGCACCAAAGGCAAGGCAUCAACACCGCAUGUCUCCCAGGCAAGUGCUCAGACAGCGAGGACUUCCUGAUCACAUACAGUGACAUUGUCAUAGGACAGACACCGAUCUUCAGUGAGACUCUCUCUCCAAAGGCUUUGGAGAAGGAGCCCAGAGCCAGGCUGAGUGAGGAGUGUGCCCUGGCAGGAGCUGCAGAGGCAGCUGCAAGAGUGCUGGGGCCUGUGCCUCUGUCCCCAGGAGCCAGCGGCCCCCCAGCCUUUGCCAUGUUUGCUGACAGCUCCUGUGACAGCAAAACAACCUUGGAGUUUGAAGCUCCAGGAGUCCCAGAAGGAUCAAUUGAAGCAGAAAUUAAUGAUGCCAUAAAUUGCAUAGACCCAGCCCCUGGUGAUGAACCCACUGAGCUGAAGUCUCUGCCCUACAGGGACUUUUCCCAAAACUGCAGAGUCCCCAGGGAAGAGGAUGUUUGUGAGCUGUCUUUAACCUUCACAGAACUACAAAUCAGGGAUGCUCAGGAAGAACUUACAUAUCCAGUAGAGGAAACUGGCCAGCCUGAGGCAGUGGCCUAUGCAGGAACAAGUGACAGGCACGUUAGAGAAUUUCAUCUCCCCCAAAUAAAACAUCCAUACCUGACUAAUGCUGAGCUUCACAACAGAGCAGCGUCACGCACUGAGCCACCUUCAGCUCUGUGCUGUACUGCUGGGCACUUGGAGGAUUCCACUACUGAUGCUGACAGCAAGAGACUGCUCAUGGAUCCUGCUAAGGCACACCCAGCUUCUGAGUGCUUCAGGCAUGUCAGAGAGCCCCCCAACCUCACCUAUGUCCCCCCGCAAAGCAUUGAUGUGCAGCCCUCACAUGGGGGCAGGAGCAGCACUCGGGGCAGGAGCCUGGUGCAGCCUGCAGGUGACUCUGCUGGAGGCAGGGAAGGGAAGCUGGAGAACUGUCAGUCCCAAGAGUCUGACACCCAGGAGCCUUAUGUCAUCAUUGACAGAACUGACCAGGCAGUGCUGUGCCAUCACACCUGAGUCUGCAGUGCUUUGUUUGUAAUUACCUGGGGGGAUUGUCCUCUCACCGUGGCCUUGAUCCUGUUAUCAGGAAGAUGAUUAGCUUUGUCAAAAUAGUUAAAAAAAACCCAAACCACAUCACUGCUCUGGGACAGUAAAUAGCAGCAGUUACAGAAACUCUUAAUGGUUCCUUUGACGAGAAAACCUGAAUGGUCACCUUUAUAAAGGGUAGGCAAACAUCUAUAAAUUUCAGUUCAUUUAAUUCAUCAGUCAGAUUCCUUCUGGCUGUUCUUAAUGCCAGAUAUGUUUCUUCAGCUGGGCAUCCUACUUUUCUGUUUUCCCUUCACAGACCUAUUCCUGGAAUACUCUUCCAGUACAAGGUAAAUUCUUCUAAACUGGAAGACCCAGCUUUAGAAAUACCAUACUCGAGUGUACUCCUGUUAACUCUGCAUUCCUUUGAAGCUGUGUUGGAGCUAAUCUUCCUCAUGACUACAGUUGAAAACAGGUUUAGAAAGUUUGAUAACAUUCCUUUAGCUUUAAAGAGGGAAACAGUUCUGUCAACACCUGGUUUUGUAGAGGCAUUAACCUAUGUUACAGGUUUUGUAUCUGCCUCCAUUUGUUACCAAAGUAUUUUGUGGCCACCACCACAAUUUCCAAGAGAAGCCUUAAGCAUUAUAACUGUUCACUGACACCAGGGAGAGAGGUCCAGCUACACCUGUCAUUUCUCUUGCCCCUGCUCCUGACUUAAUUCUGCACCAGAAGUUCACAUAAUUUUUCUGCAGGCCAAUUCAUCUCACUAAAAUGAAGGGAAAAGAUCUCAUUCUUUGCCAGUUUAGAGGCAGGAAAAAAAUUGCUCAGAGAAGGUUCCCAGUGAGCAGCAGAGGCAGGGUCAGGAAUAUCCUGCAGGUGGGAGUGCUGUGUGGAAAGCUCUGGAGUGUUGGAUCAGCUGGAAGCUGGGGUCCCAGCCCUGAGAGCCUGUGUCACACACAGCUCUGAAUUCAUUUAGGAAAGCACACUGCUACUGUGUGCACAGUCUCCAGUGUUUCUUUAUACAAAUAUCUCCAAGGGGUGUCAGAGGGUGGUAACCAGUGGCAGGACAAGGAGCAAUGGCCAUAAACUAAAACACAAAAGGUUUCAUCUCAUCGUGAGGAAGAACUUGUUUUCCUGGUGGGGGCAGAGCCCUGGGGCAGAGCCCUGGAGCAGAUGCCCAGGGAGGCUCUGGAGUCUCCCUCUCUGGGAUAUUCCAAACCUACCUGGACCCUCUCCUGUGUCACCUGCUCCAGGUGACCCUGCCUGGGCAGGGCUUGGACUGGCUGACCUCCAGAGGUCCCUUCCAACCCUAAAAGUUCUGGAAUUCUGUGAUACACUUGUUAGCUACAAAGACACUUUAAUACCGCUUCAGGUAGCUUUUUCAGUAGUACUGAUAUGUAUGCUGGUUUGGGCUGGGGUAAUUUUCUUCACAGUGGCUAAUAGGGAGCUCAGUUUUGAAUACAAAGAAAUGUACAGUUAAAAUAUUAGCUAAAAUUAAUUGUGAUUGACUUUCAUCCCCCAAAAAAAUCAGAGGCACACACAUGGACUGGACUAGAAAAUCCUUGGGGAACUAAAAUACAAAGAUUUGCUUUUUGAACAACUAAUGGUUGAACUUCUGUCAUCCCCUGAUUCCAGCAGCAGGAGAAGCAGAACCUUGCCCAAGGUAACACCAAGGGACAGGACUGCCUUCAGCUCUGGGUGGGGGUUGUGAGAAAUGGGUGUUAGGAACGAAAAUCAUUCACAGGGCUGUGUCCUGGCACCCUUUAGUCUGCAAGAUUCUCUGUACUAAACAAUUAAGUCAUAUUUUCUGUGCUGUGCAAAAUGUAUGACCGUAGUGAAAUUAGAAUUAAGAACAAACUGCAGAUGACUGAGAUUCAAACAUAUAGGACCAUUUCCAAAGAAAGCGUUCUUCUGGACUCUUAGAGAAGAAGUUUUGAAAGUUUAACAGAAGGUAUCAAGAAUAUCUUGUACCCCCCUACAAAGAAGCUGCAAUAAGUAAGAUCAUUACUUAGCAGACAAAAUCUUACUUUUAAGCUCAAAUUCUAAAGAUUACAAGGGAGCAGUAGAAUGGCAUUCCUGGGAUCACAUGCUUUAGUACCAACUCAGUACUUUACUAGGAAAUGCUCUCUCUGUUCACUUGCCCUUAUUAAGUUGCAGUGAUUCACAGUUCAUCAGAUGGGAAUAACAGCUGCAAUUCUUGACUGGGUGUGGUUCUUUCAGUGCAAUGGGUUUUAGGCAAGCCACAACCCUACAAAAGCAGUGAUGUCCAAAAGCAGCACCAGAAGAUGCAGUGAAAAGCCACAUAACUGAAUGUUUCCAUCCUGCACUAAGUGCCUGACAAAUGUCUGUACAAAGUGAUCAAAGUGCUAAUGAAGCCUUGCUUGUUCCAGCUAAACUAACCAAAACCAGUAGGGAAAAAUACACUCUGUACUUCCAGGAUCAUUCCCCUAAAAUUAUCCAGAAAAUCCAUGUGAGAGCAGUCCAGGUGCUGCAUUGAAAGGAUUCCCUUGAAGGCAACACAAAGAGGGUAAAGCACAAGUGAAGGGCAACUCACCAUUUCCUUUAACAAGUCCAAGAAUGAAACCCCCACUGGUUUUCUCUACUCUCUGAGUACUUACAGGUCAUAAUAAACUGAUCGUGAUAUAAACCAAAAAAACCACCUGCAUGUUUCUUUACAAAAAGAAGUAAAAUCAAAGAAUGCAAACCAGUUAAGAAAUCAGUCAGUUGUCCCACGCACCCUGUAUUUUCACUGUGCCUCAGUUUAGCCAGAGCAGGGCUAGGGAUCUCAUAAACACAAAUAAAAUAAUAGCUCUAAAAAGUUAGCUGAAA